GGCGGGCGGUGCCCGGACGCAGGUGCUCGCCGGAGCCGGAGCAAGCCGCUGCUGACGGGCCGGGCCGGGCCGGGACCCGGGCCAGGGAGAACCGAGGGGCCUGCGCGGUCGCCCGGCCCGGCCGCGGAACAGGUUUCUGGGACCAUGGGCCUCAGGCCCUGAGGACAGGAGGCUCCCUGUGGCCAUGACGACAGGUGACUGUUGCCACCUCCCUGGCUCCCUAUGUGACUGUUCUAGCAGCCCUGCCUUUUCCAAGGUUGUAGAGGCCACAGGGCUUGGGCCACCUCAAUAUGUAGCACAAGUGACUUCACGGGAUGGCCGGCUGCUCUCAACUGUCAUCCGGGCUUUGGAUUCACAGAGUGACUGUCCCUUCUGCCGAAUCUGCCAUGAGGGAGCAAAUGGGGAGAACUUGCUGUCCCCAUGUGGCUGCACUGGCACACUGGGAGCUGUGCACAAGAGCUGCCUGGAGAAAUGGCUGUCUUCCUCCAACACCAGCUACUGUGAGCUGUGUCACACUGAGUUUGCAGUGGAAAAGCGGCCCCGACCUCUCACAGAGUGGCUAAAGGACCCAGGGCCGCGCACUGAGAAGCGAACACUGUGCUGUGACAUGGUGUGCUUUGUGUUCAUCACACCACUGGCUGCCAUCUCAGGCUGGCUUUGCCUGCGAGGGGCCCAGGACCACCUCCGUCUGCAUAGCCGGCUGGAAGCUGUAGGUCUCAUUGCCCUCACCAUCGCCCUCUUUACCAUCUAUGUGCUCUGGACACUGGUCUCUUUCCGAUACCAUUGCCAGCUGUACUCGGAAUGGAGGAAGACAAAUCAGAAAGUCCGCCUGAAGAUUCGGGAAGCAGAUGGCUCCGAGGAUCCACAUCACUCCUUGCUGGCUACUGGACUCUUAAAAAAGGUGGCAGAGGAGACCCCUGUGUGAAGGCCUGGCUGGCAGGGCUCAGAGGUAGUAGACAGACCAGAGUCAGAUGGCAAUGCAGCUGGCAUUUGGAAAGAUGGAGGCUGCCUGACUUUUCAUGCACAGCUAUGAUGCUUCUCAGGCCAGUAGCCACAGCAAGCAGAGCCUGCUCUGUGAUCCUGUGUGAACAUAUUUUCAAGGGUUUUGUUUUGCACAUUGUUGUAUAUGACAAGCACAGAUGGACAGAUUUGAGCUUUGGAUGGAGUAGGCACCUCUGUCUCAUUUUGAGAUCUGUUUGACACCUUUUGCACAGCAGCUUUAGCGCUGGUGUCAAGGGUGCCCAUUGGACUAGAAGGUUCCAGCAAGCUUCUCGCGUUACUCUGCACCCAGCUGGCUUGCUUUACUGGCACUCUUGACUUAUAAUCUUAUAAAGUUGCACUGCAUUUCAAACACCCACCCCUGAAUGAAUAAAAGGAGCCCUUGCUGGCUAAUAUGGA